GGAGGAGGGGGGGGGGGGCUCUACAAGAACUCCGCUUCGGCUGCAGAGUCUCACCACUUGCUACAGCUGCCUGAUGCACACACACGCAACAUUAUUGGAUUGUUUUGCAGGGACAGAACUUCUUUCCUUCCGGGAGGAUCUUUACGCACGGCGCUUGCGAGAGGAUGAAGAUGCGAAUGAGAUGAGGCUCGCGCGGUUCUCCAUCCCGCCUCUCCUCCUCUCCUCCUGAUGAGGGGACCAAAGAGGACAUCAAUGAGGCAGCCUGAUGUUAUGUUCUUUUCCAAGCAGAAGCUCGCAAAGGUGGAGCGAUCGGAGCUGGGCUCAUGACGGGACGAUUAAUCCUUUCAGUGCACCACAGCGGUUUGGAAACGUUUGGAUGGAAAGCAAGCGAGUGUCUUCUACUGGAACUGCUUUUGGUCUUGUAUGAAACCGGAGAUUAGUUGGUCUUUCUUCAGGACUGCAUUGAGGAGAAUUUUUUUAAAGUACUCCCACAUCUAAAUGGAAUUAGUUGAGUCUGCAGCCGUUUGUGAAAGGAACAGACAUGGUACAUGGACACAGCUUCCAUUACGUUGUUGCAAGUCUUUUCCUACUUGGCUUGUCUGGUGCAACAAAGAAAGAGACAGCAGUGAAAAACAAUUCUGGGGUGAAGCCAGCUGGUCAGUGUGGAACAUGGGUGAAAGAACCAGAAGGCGGCCUUUUUACUUCUCCCAAUUACCCAAACAAAUACCCCCCAGAUACAGAGUGUGUUUACAUCCUUGAAGCGCCCCCCAGGCAGUGCAUCGAGCUCCACUUUGAGGAGCACUACUCCAUCGAGUCCUCUUGGGAAUGUAAAUUUGACAACAUUGAGGUUCGCGAUGGACCUUUCGGCUUCUCUCCCAUGCUUGGACGCUAUUGCGGUCAGCAGAGCCCGCCGGAUAUCAGGAGUAGCGGCCGGUACUUGUGGAUAAAAUUUGUUACGGACGGCGAACUGGAGGCGGUGGGAUUUUCGGCGAGCUACAACUUCACCGCAGAUCCGGACUUUUCCGACUUAGGAGUACCGCCGCCUCUUCCCUCGUGUCAGUACGACAUGGUCGGCCCAGAAGGUAUUGUGGAGUCGCAUCAGAUCACCAGAGACGGGAAGGCGGGCGCCAACGAGGCCGUGGACUGUAAAUGGUACAUCCGGGCGCCGCCGCGCUCCAAGAUCUACCUGCGUUUCCUUGACUACGAAAUGGCCAACUCCAACGAGUGCAAGCGCAACUUUGUGGCGGUGUACGAUGGCGGCAGUUCGGUGGAGGACCUGAAGAGUAAGUUCUGCUCCACGGUGGCCAAUGACCUCAUGCUGGUGUCCACGCUGGGUGUCAUCCGGAUGUGGGCGGACGAGGCCAGCCGGAAAAGUCGCUUCCGCAUCCUCUUCACCACCUACCAAGAACCUCCUUGUGAUCCAGAUGCCUUCUUCUGCCACAGUAACAUGUGCAUUAACAACACGCUGGUGUGCAACGGCAUGCAGAACUGCGUCUACCCGUGGGAUGAGAAUCAAUGCAAAGAGAAGAGAAAAGCCAACAUCCUGGACAACCUGAACAACACCAACGGCACCAUCAUCGGCGUCACCUGUUGCAUCGUCCUCCUCCUCCUCAUCAUCUCUGUUAUCGUCCAAAUCAAGCAGCCUCGCAAAAAGUACAUCCUGCGGCGUGAGGACUUUGACCCCACCAUGUUUCAAGAAGUCUUUGAGCCGCCUCAUUACGAGCUGUGCGCUUUGCGCGGCGCCACCACCACCGCCGCCGCCGCCGCCUCAGCAGACCUAGUGGACCUAGCAGAAGACUUUGAGAACUACCACGCCCUCCGCCGUGCCUCCUCACGCUGCAUCCACGACCACCACUGUGGCUCGUCCUCCAACCCGGGCUCGGCCCACAUAUCCCAGCUGUCCCUCAGCGGGCGAGGGAGCCGCGGCAACCUGAGCGCACGAGACGCGGCGGCGGCCAGCCUGCUGGCGGACCUCCCGCAGCCUCCCAUGUCCGUGCGGCCCCUGCUGCCGUCGGCGGGGAACCGCAGGAGCAUCUUGGUCAUGAAGCACAGCUACUCGCAAGAGGGAGCGGACAACGGAUGCGACCUGGACGACGACCUGGAUGAAGUUCCAACCACCAGCCAUCGGCUUUCACGCCACGAGAAGGCAGUACAGCGGUUCUGCCUCAUUGGCUCUUUGAGCAAACAUGAAUCAGAGUACAACACAACUAGGGUCUAAGAGACAAUCUCAAGACUUCUUGAGAGUGUAGCGCGGUCCCGGAUGAGCGCGAGCGGGCAUCACUGACAUGUGACAAAGCGGAUGGGAGAUUUACACCAGCAUGACGCUGAGGGCCUGAGGGGACACUUUGAUGAAAGCAAAUCAUGUGGUCGUGUGCAAAGACGAGCACAAAAGGACUAUAGAUGAGAAUACGCCGUGUUGUCACGCUUUGAAGGAAGUUUCCAAUCUCACACUUUUGUUUUUGUCUUCAUUGAAACUAAUAGACCUCCGCGUCUUCUAAAUUUAGAACGUCAUUUCUUUAAAGGGGCCCCAUCCUACCUUUUCAGCUUUUCCCGCUUGCAGUACGUAUACGUUUCAACUGCUGUACUCCUGGGCCGUACCAUGACGUUGGUGUGGUUUUAAGAUCUCCCUGCUGUCAUUUUUACACCGCUGCUAAAUCUCGUGAACGAUCGGGUAAGAGAACUUCACGAGAUUUCCACGUCCCGACCUGAGGACGUCCAUGUACGGGGGGCUCAGCACCGUUUGUUUUCUUGAAAAUGUUGUUGUUUCGGAUGUAAGAAUCGUGUACCUCAACCGGAGUAGGAUUCUUGUUGUUUUCCGGGCAGCUAAAGACCUACCUCACGGUCACUGCUCCUCUGCUCCUGCCGCUUCGCUGUUUCGAGAACGAAGCACAGUUUGGCGCCGGAUUCUCCAAUAUUCUUCCAAUUGCAGUAACCCCUCGCCACAUCGCGCUUCCAAUUUCGUGGCUUGUGUCGUGGGUUUUCCAAAAACUAUCAGCUCAUAAAUCAUGCUGGUUUGUGGUUCAAUAGUACGGCCGAGUAUUGAGGUAUUGAGGUCACAUUGAAAAAAAUCAUAAUCUGAGAUUUUGAGAAUAAAGUCGUAAAUUUAGCAGAAUAAAGUUGUACAUUUACGAGAAAAACAUAAACUAUGAAUAUGAAAAUAUAAAUAAAAGCUUGCCUGAAGCAAGAGGAAAGUUUCCUUCCUUCCUUCCUGAAGAACUAUGCUGUAUUUUCCCUUCGACACGAUGACAUGUAAUAUUAGUCAUAAUUAGUCUAUAUUCAUAUCUUAGUCUAUAUUAAUAUCACGAGCAUAAAGUUUUAAAUGAAAAUGUUUUUUUCUCAUAAAUGUAUUACUUUUUUUGUCAUAAAUUUGCAACUUUAUUCUCGGAAAUUUACGACUUUUUCCCCGGCUUUUUUUUUCGUAUGUUACAAUUGGGUAUUAGAGCCACAUUGACAAAAAAAACUUGAGAUUUUCUAGAAUAAUGUCGUAAAUUUUAUGAGGAAAAAAGUCGUAAAUUCAUGAGAAAAAAAUGUACAUUUAAAACUUUAUUCUCGUAAUAUUGUGACCUUUUUUCGUAUUCUACAACGUAGUAUUAGGGCCACAUUGAGAAAAAAAAAUCUGAAAUUUUGCAAAUAACAUCGUAAAUUUCCGUUGCAAGUUUACGAGAAAAAAAUUUGUAAAUUUACUUUUUUCACGUAAAUUUAUGACUUCAUUUUUGUAAUAUUGCGACUUUUUUCCCCGUAAAUUAAAACAAAAUUCUCAGUAAUUUACAACUUUAUUAUCUAAAUCGCCGAUUAUUUUUUUACAAAAAUGUAUAAAUUAACUAAAUUACUAAUACAGUAAUCCCUCGCCACUUUGCGCUGCAAAUUUCGCAGCUUCACACUUUUGAAAAAAAAAAAUAUAUUAAUGAAUAAAUGAUCACUGUUUCGUGGUUGAAUGUGGCCUAUUUCUAAAAAAAAAAAAAUGCAUAUUUAAGUACAUUUUAUGGUUUUUUUGCCUAAAUGAAGCAUUUUCAAGCAUAAAUAUGACUAAAUGAACUAAAUGAACUAAAAUACAAAUACAGUAAUCCCUCACCACUUGGCGCUUCAAAUUUUGUGGCUUCACUCUAUCACGUUUUUUUUUUUUUUAAAUAUACACUUAGACUUAGACAGACUUUAUUGAUCCACAAGAGAAAUUGCUUGGUUGCAAUGCAUCUGAAUUCAUAAAUAUAUUAAUUAAUACGUUGUGGUUGAAUACGGCAUAAUGUUAGCCAAAAAAUAGGCCUUUUAAGCAAAUUGUAUGUUGUUUUUCCCUAACAUAAGCAUUUUCGUAAAAAAUGGCUAAAUGAACAUAAUACAAAUACAGUAAGCCCUCGCCGCUUUGCGCUUCAAAUUGUGUGGCGUCACUGUUUUUCAAAAAUGUAUUAAUAAAUCAUGCUGUUUAGUGAUUAAAUACGGGCUAUUAUUAGUCAAAAUAUAUGCAUAUUUAACAAAAUGUUACGUAUUUUCAAGUUAAAAAUGGCUAAAUGGACUCCAAUACAAAAGUCAUUCAGAAGACUCAUUGAAAGAUGUUGCAAUGAUAUGUAGUAUUCUACGCUGGUCACUAGGUGUCAGUAAUGGUACAUUGAUGAAACGGUAUCCCAGAAAGCGGAAAUAAAAGAGGAACAACAAGAAACUAUCCCAAAGCUAACGUGAGUGUAUAUUAUGUCUUAUAUUCUUUUAUUAUGUCUACUAUAAGGUCAUAAACAGGUUUUCUAUGCUCUUGUAAUGACGACAAUAUUCCAUUGAGGAAAUUCCAAUUUAGGAAAUGUACUUAUGAUUGGAUCUGGAACCAUUGAACCGCGGGAUUACUGUAUGUGUAGUAUCCAGUUCUUGUGCCGCUUGCUGCUAACCUUGAGCACCUAACCGAGUGAUCUGAGUGGUGGUGGGUAGCGUGGGGGCUGGAGUCCGCCCGGGACCUUUUGAGCAAUCACAACAGAGUAGGCGUGGAUGGGGAGGAGGCCGCAGAAUCCGAAGGUGUCGGCACAGAGGAGAAGAAUGCAGAAUUACCUUGCAGGCAUCUUGAGCAGGAUAGGGAUAGGGCCCCUUUAACUGUCCUAUGACGCACCACUUCACCAUGAACGCAUGCAUCAUGCACACAAAUAGAUGAGUAGAUUUUCUUUCCUUCAUGCCAACUGGAGUAUUACUAACGCACAUCCAUGGAAUGUUGUUCUUUUCAGUAACAAUCCAAGGCCGAGCUUGUGCAUGCUUCUUUACGUUUCUUCAAUAAAGCAUUCAGCUAUCCGAGGCCCCCACGUGCUAAUGAAUGCAUUAGACCAAACUAUUUUUAGAAGCGAUUCAUUGCAUGAUGUUAGCUGAAUUAGUUCAAUACCAUGACUCAACACAUUUGAACCCAAAACUACUUUACUUGGAUUGUUUUAUACACACAUAUAUAUUCAAAAUCCUGAUUUUAUUUUCUUCUCAGUUUGUCAGCUAAUGAUCCCUACAGCGUAAUCUUUGUAUCAAACCAGACUUUUCUACUCGGGCAAAAUGAAAUCAUGUUUUUUAAAGUUAUUCCAACGAUCCUUCAGGGCUGGUUUUCUUGAUGCUUUGUAACAAUAUUAAUAUUAAAUAACAAUAAAGCACCUUUUUUGUUGUUGUUUUGUUGAACUGUUUGUCCUAAAUGUGUCACGCACACACGCACGCCUCCCGUGUCUCACCGUCACGAUCACGCAAGCGGAAAAAUUGGUGUUCACUGGUGAUGAACACUGACCUCAAUCACACACUGAAUUUAGGUGCUAGUUUUGAUGAGAUUACGACGGUUGAAAAAGAAAACAAACAUUUUUAGGGAGCGUCAU